GCAGCGAUGGAGGGAGGAAAGAGAAAAUCCUCUCUCACCUCACAAACGGAGCCUCUCGACAACCCCCAUUUUCAAUUCUCCACUCCAAUGCAUCAACACCAAUCUCAUGAAAUGGUGGCUUUGAAGAAGGCAUAUGCGGAUGUGAUUCUGAAUACUGUGAAGGAGGCUGCGGGUCGGGUAAUGGCGUCCGAAAGAAGAGCUGUUAUGUUCCAGCAGGAGCUCUCUUCGGUCAAAGAAGAGGCUCUUCGUAUGUUACUGCAUUUGAAGCAGAUGAUGGAUGCUAAGAAUCAAGAACAAUUCACUUCCUACACAAUCAAUCUAUAAUGUAGAAUCAACUAUUUUGGAAGCAAAAGUAGCCAAACACAUGAAAUACUAUUAGAAUCAAUUGUUUUUGAAGCGGAAGUGAUGUUGAUGGCAAACCAAACAAGCACCGAGGUGAUUGAGUAAUGGUGUCUUUUUAGACCCCCAUCCCCAAUUUUUCAGUGUCUGCCUGCUUUUUGAGUUCCAAUUCGAAUCUGGAGUGGAAGAUCCGUAGGAUCACAUGUGUGUGCUGGUAUGAGAAUUCUUUGUAUUGUUCAAGUAGAAUUCACAUGUAUUAUUUUCUGGAUGAAGUGAAAUGUUACAUCGAAAUUGUACUGCAUUAUUAGUGUCUUCUUUUGUUAUCCUCAGAAGAUGCUUUGAUCUUUUACAAUGACUGUUUGGGUAUGUGUAGUACAUAACUACAUAUAUAGCUGACUCCAUCUCAGCAUUAACAUCUUAUUCUCUCUACCUGUGUUCUUCCCCCUACAGGAUGUUGCUUCCCACCUUAUCCGUUUCCUGUGUUACUGCUAAGAGGCACAUAAUUCACCUUUUUUAUUAUUAAUUGAACUCAUAAUCAACUUCAA